CGAACCGAUUUACAGUGUCCAUCAGACCGAUCACGAGCAUCCAUAACCCGUACUUGCCCGCCCAUACACAGUUGCGAAGUAAGCGCAGAUAUCGACAUCAUCGUACCGAGAUCUUCGGACAAGACCGAAGAGUCGGACUAAAAAUUCAAUUCGGGCCCAGUCCCCACUUUAAAAAUUGCAUACACGGUCAGUGGAAUAGUAGAGACUUUGAAGGCGUCGAGGUCGGCGGAUGAAGCUCUCGAAACCGGACUGAUCCCUCUGUACUUCAUCAAUCUACUCUCAGCGGUGUUCGAAAGUCGCUCGAAGAAUAUAAUCAUUUCACGCCAUCGCUGGUCGAUCUUCUCGGAUACAGACCCUGCCCAUACAAAACCACCAGUCAGUAGGGGCGACCUUGAAUGAUCCCCUUAGAUCAUGUCACAAUCCGAACAGGCGCGAGCAGAGUUUGCAGUCAUUGGUCUCACAUCGGAUAUUGAAGCCAAUGAGAGGAUAUUAGAGGAUGCAAGAUUGGCCACUGAGUCAAAGAGCAGAGGGGAUGUGGAAAAGGCGAGGACAGGUGGCUUAGACCGCCUUGCAGAGAGCGAGACAGAUGGCGAGCAUCGGAAGGAUCGGGUGGGGUCAUCAGUUGAGGUGGAAGCGAAGGAGAGGAUAUGCGAGAAACAAGCGGACGCCACAGAUCACGAAGGAACUGUACAGCCGGAGAACAACUUGAUUGUCGUCAUGAUUGCUCUCAAUCUCAUCUCAUUCAUCUCCGCCCUGGAUCAAUCCAUUCUCGCCACGGCCCUACCCACAAUAGCGGGAGAACUCAAUGCUAGUCAUUCGGAGUAUUCAUGGAUAGGUACAUCAUACUUGCUGGGACAAACUCUUCUCACUCCCUUGAAUGGUCGUUUAUCGGAUAUCACGGGUAGGAAGCCAAUGCUCUACGGGGCCAUUGGUUUCAUGCUUGUCUUCUCGGCGUUGUCUGGAGCAGCUCAGAACGUCAGAUGGUUAAUUGUAGCUAGGUUUUUCACCGGCCUGGGAGGAGGAUCGAUUGUCAGUCUAAGUAUCAUUAUUAUUUCCGAUGUCGUGCCCAUGAGGAAACGAGCCUCAUACCAGGGAUACACAGGAGCAUCGUUCGGUAUCGCAUCAGUCAUAGGACCCAUCUUGGGUGGAGUAUUGACUCAAAAGACCUCAUGGCGGUGGUGUUUCUACAUCAACUUGCCGACUUGUGGCGUAGCCUUGAUCCUGCUCAUCUUCUUCCUCAAGCUGAAUCGACCACAAGGACAGGAUCUAGCCCAGUUGCGAAGGUCUUUUGACUUUGUCGGACUGACAAUCGUCAUGGCUUCCGCCGCAUUACUCAUCGUCGGGUUCUCAACUGCUGCAGAUCACGGCUUUGGCGCUCCUGGGGCAUACGGCGUGAUUAUCGCUGGUGUUGUAGUCGCUGCAUUGGCUAUCGUCCAUUCUCUGACCACAAAGAAGAACGCCGUCCUGCCGAGGAGGUAUUUGACUACUCGAACGACCGUUUUCUUUUCCAUCGGGUCAUUCUUGAACUCUUUGCUGUUGCUCUCGGUUACCUAUCUUCUGCCUCAGUUCUUCCAAGGCGUUCGUGGCUUUGACCCUUUAAGGGCUGGUGAAUCUGUCAUUCCCUUUUCUGUCCUCGUCAGUGUCUUUGUCAUCCUCAGUGGUCAGAUCACCACUCGAUGGAAGCAGCCACGUCCUGUUGUCUGGAUAGGUCUAGCUCUCACAUCCAUCGGCUACGGAGUCUUUUAUCGAGUUCUCAGACCCGAGUUCUCAUUGGCGGCUCAAGAAGCGGUUCAACUUCUGCCCGGCAUUGGUCAAGGUCUAGCCAUCCAGAGUCCAAUGAUGGUCAUCCAAGCAGCGAUGCCUCAGAAAGACAUGGCAGCUUCGAUGAGCGCAUGGAUCCUCCUUCGAUCCAUCGCCGCGGGAGUUGGUCUAGCCGUUUUCACGGCGCUACUCAAUUCUGAGCUUCGGACACGAUUCUCCAAGAUUCCAGGGUACGGUACAGAGUUCAUCGUACCUUCAAGUGCCGAGGACUAUCGCAAAUUGCAUGAUCUUCCUGACAGCCUGAGAGCGACCGUCAUUGAUGCCUUUGCGAGCUCGUUCGGAGUAUGCUUCCUCGUUGGUGCCGGUCUACUAGCUUUCGCUUUCUUCGUAAGUCUCUUGAUUUCUCAUUGUAUGAUCUGUCCCUCACGGCUUGUAGAUCACUCUCUUCACCAAGAACUACAGACUCGACCAGACUAUUGAGGACACCGUUCCUCCUCCCGCCCCUCCGCCUUCACGAGCCAGUAUGGCUAUCGACCACCACCCCGGAACACCAUCGAGCGAGAAAACCCUCGUGCAUCUCGAGCCGAGCCUAUCGAGCCAUUCCCCAGAGAACACACGACAGAGGAGUGGUACCACGAAUUCAGCCACGAUGCCCCAACCGUUACCGUCUCCUGCGAUCCUCGACCAGGUCCAGCCAUUCUCAAUAUUAGAGAGAGCAAGGUCAAUACCUGGCGAACAAGGGAUUAUCCCUCUCGCAAGGCACGGUAGUAUGCGAUAGACCUAAUCAAUCAGCUACGAUUCCUUCUGUCACUCUCACCCUCUAUCAUCGGCUAAGUCACGCUCAUCGCUCAUCGCUUUUCACCAUCCCCAGCCACACAUCAGCCCUGUCCCACCUCCUGUAGCGUUUCAAACUCAUCGUCUCGAUGCCUUACUGGACAUUUUUCUCGCAUCAUCAUCAACA